CAACAGUGCAACGUUAUGAUAUAGGACAGCCACUUCAAAACAUACGUCCAUUUGAUGAUCCCUCACCGACUUUAUCACAGUCGCAACUGACAGUAUUUUUCAGUUCCAACCCAUUUCUGGCGGCCUCAAGUUUCCAAAAACCACAAGCGAUGCAUGUUUAACAUUCAGACCGAAUGUCUGGCCUCUUAAAGUCCCCUGGAAGAAGAUGCCUCAUCAAUCGGUGCUAAAGAGCGGUGAGGACUGGAAUAUGUGAACAUUGUACAGUGCUGGUGAUAUAUAACCCACCAUUGAAGAUGCCUGCGGUGUCCCGCGGGGCGAAGGACUUGUACCUCUCUACUAACCUGGGGGACCUCAACAAGAAAGCUGAAGUCAAGCCUGACAAAAUCAACACCAGGAGCUAUGUCCAGAGUGCCUGUAAGAUCUUCAAGGCUGCGGAGGAGUGUCGACUGGAUGGAGACGAGGAGAAGGCCUAUGUUCUCUACAUGAAAUACCUAACGGUUUAUGAUCUCAUCAAGAAGAGGCCCGACUUCAAGCAGCAACAGGAGUUCUUCCUGUCCGUGCUGGGGCCCACCAGCUUUAAAAAAGCCAUAGAAGAAGCCGAGAAACUCUCUGAAAGCCUUAAACUCAGGUACGAGGAAGUCGAGGUUCGCAAAAAGCUUGAGGAGAAAGAGAGACAAGAGGAGAAGAAAAGGAGGGAGGAUAAGAUGGAGAAAGAUGGAGGGAGGGCAUCUCCAAAAGCAGGGAAAGAGAUCAAGAAGGUAAAAGAGCAGAAGGAGUUGAAAAAUGUAACUUCAAAAGCUGCGGUGUCUGCAGGAGGGAUCACAGCAGAGGGGUUGUUCAAGAUGAUGAGGGACCAGGCCAUUACGGUCAUUGUGAUGGACGCUCGCUGCCUCCGAGACUUCCAGGACUCACAGAUCCAGGUCCCCACCCAGACCGUCAUCAGUGUCCCAGAGGAGGCUAUCAACCCUGGCAUCACAGUGAACCAGAUUGAGGCCAAUCUACCUGAUGCGUCCAGAGAGACGUGGAAGAGACGGGGGUUCGUAGAUUACAUCAUCCUACUGGACUGGUUCAGCUCUGUUACUGACCUCAAACUGGGAAGCACCUUACAAAGCCUCAAAGAUGCUCUCUACAAGUGGGACAGUACCACUAUCCUGCGUAGUGAGCCCAUGGUUCUGGAGGGAGGCUAUGAGAGCUGGCUCCUCUUCUACCCCAUGUACACAUCCAACGCCAAAGUCAGACCGCCCCGAACACACAGCUACAGCACCCUCCCACAGCUGAACUUCAGCUACCCGUCACUGGAGGAGCCGAAACCUCCAACCCCUCCUCCCCCCGAGCCGGACCCUGAACCCCAGGCUCCCCCUGCCUCCCUGAGUAGCGUACAGGUGAACGGUGCCCCCCUGGAGGAUCUGACCCCCUCCCACCCUCAGACCCCCUCCACAUGGAUGGAGGCUGACGCCACAGACUCACCCCACACAGGGUUCACUCACCCUGGAGUAGACCACAGCAAGAAGGACCCUGGAGCCGGGCCAGGGACCCCCAGCCAGCCUGGAGGGACAGCCAAGCACAUCCCACAGAUCGACCGUACCAAGAAGCCAUCAGUCAGAGUCUCAGAUGGGUCUAAAACCCCCCUGGAUGCCCUCCCCAGGGACCUGCCUCCCUCCUCCCAGAAUGGCCCGUCUGUACCCCAACCCAACCGCUCGGUCAAACCGGCCUUUGACCCGGCGGUGCCUCUGACGGACGAGGAACGAGGUCAGAUCCACACAGAGACGGCUGCUCUGAUGGAGAAGGCCCGGAGAGAGCAGGAACAACGCAAACAGGAACGCCGCACCGAGGAGGAGUGGAGAGAGAGGGAACACCGGGAGAAGGAAAAUGAGGAGAUGGAGAGGAGGAAAGAGGAAGAGAACAGGACUCAGGAGAGGAAGAGGUUGGAGAGACACAAGGCAGAGGAGGAGAACGGGGUUAGGGAAGAGCGAGAGAAGAGGGGGAAGGAGCAGAGGGAGGAUACGCCGACCAACGGUGAUUCUCUGGACUCGCCGGCUCCCAACCGUAUCGUCACUGAGAUUAAGGCUCCCUCCCCCCUGAAGCUUAGUGGUGAUGUAAAGAGGAGUCGUCAGCCUGGGAUGUUAAAGCAUAGAACAGUUGAUGACUAUGUCAUACCCAAGCGGGAGCUCCUAACCAGAGCCAGAAGUGAAGAGAUGGGGAGGAGUGUACCAGGCCUGCCUGUUGGCUGGAUGAAGUUCUUAGAUACGGUAACCGGUACCUACCGUUACUACCAUUCCCCAACCAACCGGGUGCACCGCUACCCCCCUGAGGUCAGCGUGCCCCAGACACCCCCCUCCACCCCUCCUACGGCCAAACAGAAGCAGCCUCGCCCCGCUGAGCCAGACCAGACCAUGGAACGUGACCAAGAGCAGUCCAAACUGAAACGUUCCUAUUCUUCUCCAGACAUCAGCCAGGACCUGAGGGAGGAGGGGCUAAAGAAGGUUACCGCCCCUAUAACUGCAGCCACGCGCCCAACUUUUAACAGGGAGACCAAACCGUCCACUGCUAGCGUCUACACCAAGGUGGAGAUCGCCCGUCCGUCUGCGGCUAAGAUACGCAACCUGAACCCUGUGUUCGGCGGUCUGGGCGCCUCGCUCACCGGCCUGCGUAACCUCGGUAACACCUGCUACAUGAACUCCAUCCUGCAGUGUCUCUGCAACACCCCGGCCAUGGUCGACUACUUCAACAAGAACCUCUAUCAGGAGGAUAUCAACAGGGCUAAUAUCCUGGGUCACCGAGGCGAGGUGGCAGAGGAGUUUGGUGUGAUCAUGAAGGCUCUGUGGUCAGGCCUGUAUAAGUGUAUCAGCCCCCGCGACUUUAAGGUCACUAUAGGGAAGAUCAAUGAAUCCUUCUCUGGCCAGGAACAACAGGACUCCCAGGAGCUGCUGCUCUUCCUUAUGGACGGACUCCACGAGGACCUCAACAAGGCUGCUAACCGUAAGGGUUACAUAGAGGAGGAGAAUGACGAUCUGGACGACCAGCGGGCUGCUGACCAGGCCUGGACCAAACACAAGCUGCUCAACGAGUCUGUCAUCGUAGCGCUGUUCCAGGGUCAGUUUAAGAGCACAGUUCAGUGUCUCACCUGCCACAGGAAGUCCCGCACCUUCGAGACCUUUAUGUACCUGACCCUGCCGCUGGCCUCCAGCAACAAGUGUUCCCUGCAGGACUGUCUGAAGUUGUUUUCUAAGGAGGAGAAGAUGACCGACCAGAACAAGGUGUUCUGUCGCCACUGUAAAGCUCUCAGAGACUCCGUCAAGAAACUGGAGAUCUGGAAGGUCCCGCCCAUCAUACUGGUUCACCUUAAACGGUUCUCGUACGAGGGCCGUUGGAAGCAGAAGCUACAGACCACAGUAGACUUCCCUCUGGAGAACCUGGACCUCAGUCAGUAUGUCAUCGGACCCAGACUCGGCCUCAAGAGAUACAACCUGUUUGGAGUGUCUAACCAUUAUGGCGGUCUGGAUGGGGGUCACUACACAGCCUACUGUAAGAACGCCAUGAAACAGCGCUGGUACAAGUUUGACGACCACGAGGUCUCCGAAAUCUCCACCUCCACCGUCAAGUCCUCUGCAGCGUACAUCUUCUUCUUCUCCUCCCUGUGAGGGCAGAGCUGCAACACUGCCAGGAGCUAUGAGGCUACGUAAAGGCUACAUAAAGGCUAGCUAACAUGCAGAGCUGCUUUGACUCAGCUUACUCUGCUGGUGGGAGAAAGGAACUGAACUGGCAAUGUUUUUGUUAACUGAACUGAACUGCCAGGGGCCAUACUUGUGAACAUUUGCUUAGAGCAUGGUUUAAACCGUUAGUCUAAAAUGGCUGCUAGCUGUUUCUCUCAGGCCAUCCUGGCCAAAUUAGCCACAACGCUAAUUAGCCACCACGCUGAGGAAGGCCAGCUAAGUAGAUGAUUAUAUCCGAAUAAACAAAUCAACCUAUCAGAUAACUUAGAGCCACCAUCCAAUCACAUUUGUUCAUGAGGUCAAUUUGCUUCCAACUGAUUGGUCUAAGUGGAGUUUCCCCAAUAUAUGUUUUUGCAUGAUGCUUCCUUGACUAGGCAAGUGGCAUCAUAAAAAAAUGGCGGUUUUCACAUAUAUGAUGAAGUUCUGUGUUGUUUCUUAUCCAUUUAACACAAACAACUCCAUGUACUUUUCAAUUACAAACGUCGGAGGAUGAUAUUGUAACAUGUUUGUUAUUCAUACAUUGUCAAAGUGAUUUAUUUUUAAGGAGGAAAUUCAUGGUCUAAGCAGACGUUCACAAGUAUGGCCAGGUUUUGGAUAACUGAACUGGCUAGGUUUGGUGGUUUUGGUAGACUGAACUAACAGGUUGAUGUGUGGAAAGACAGGGACACACUGUAGUGUGUGGUGGAAGGGUGGGUUAGUGACUGGGUGUGUGGAGGAAAGGGACACACUGUUGCGUGUGGUGGAAGGGUGGGUUAGUGACUGGGUGUGUGGAAAGACAGGGACACACUAGCGUGUGGUGGAAGGGUGGGUUAGUGACUGGGUGUGUGGAAAGACAGGGACACUGUAGCGUGUGGUGGAAGGGUGGGUUAGUGACUGGGUGUGUGGAAAGACAGGGACACACUGUAGCGUGUGGUGGAAGGGUGGGUUAGUGACUGGGUGUGUGGAAAGACAGGGACACACUAGCGUGUGGUGGAAGGGUGGGUUAGUGACUGGGUGUGUGGAAAGACAGGGACACACUGUAGCGUGUGGUGGAAGGGUGGGUUAGUGACUGGGUGUGUGGAAAGACAGGGACACACUGUAGCGUGUGGUGGAAGGGUGGGUUAGUGACUGGGUGGGUGGAAAGACAGGGACACACUGUAGCGUGUGGUGGAAUGGUGGGUUAGUGACUGGGUGGGUGGAGGAAAGGGACACACUAGCGUGUGGUGGAAGGGUGGGUUAGUGACUGGGUGGGUUCCCUGUUAAAACACUGUCUAUUCAUACUAAACCAGAGAGCAGGGAGAGGGUUCCCUGUUAAAAUCACCUCAGCUUAAACCCCUGUUCUUAACACAGCAACGUUGUCAUUCUGCUAGUUCUGGGUUUCAGUUGAGUCUGUGUGGCGUGGACAGACUUUUGUUAGUAUACACAGACCUUAUACACAGACCUUAUUUAAGAUACCAUGUACUAUGAAUCUUCUAGUGAAGAGUAUAGGGACGUUUAGUUAGGAAGACUGACGUCAGGGACGUUUAGUGUGACGUACACUGCCUUCGGAAAGUUUUCAGACCCCUUGACUUUUUCCACAUUUUAUUACGUUAAGGCAAAUGUAUUCAAUCGUUUUUUCUCCUCAUUAAUCUACACACAAUACCCCAUAAUGACAAAGCAAAAACAGGUUUUUAUAAAUGUUUGCUAAUUUAUUCAAAAUAAACAAGUAUUUACAUAAGUAUUCAGACCCUUUACUCAGUAAUUAGUUGAAGCACCUUUGGCAGAGAUUACAGCCUCGAGUAUAACGCUACAAGCUUGGCACACCUGUAUUUGGGGAGUUUCUCCCAUUCUUCUCCUCUCAGGUUCUGUCAGGUUGGAUGGGGAGCGUUGCUGCACAGUUAUUUUCAGGUCUCUCCAGAGAUGUUCAAUCAGAUUCAAGUCCAGGCUCUGGCUGGGCCACUCAAGGACAUUUAGAGACUUGUCCGAAUGCCACUACUGCGUUGUCUUCGCUGUGUACUUAGGGUCGUUGUCCUGUUGGAAGGUGAACCUUUGCCCCCAGUCUGAGGUCCUGAGUGCUCUGGAACAGGUUUUCAUUAAGGAUCUCUCUAUACUUUGCCACGUUCAUGUUUGCAUUGAUCCUGACUAGUCUCCCAGUCCCUGCCGCUGAAAAACAUCCCCACAGCAUGAUGCUGCCACCACCAGGAUUGUGCCAGGUUUCGUCCAGACGUGACGCUUGGCAUUCAGGCCAAAGACUUCAAUGGUGGUUUCAUCAAACCAGAUAAUCUUGUUUCUCAUGGUCUUUAGAGUCUUUAGGUGUCUGUUGGCAAACUCCAAGAGGACUGUCGUGUCUUUUACUGAGGAGUGGCUUCUGUUUGGCCACCCUACCAUAAAGGACUGAUUGGUGGUGUGCUACAGAGAUGGUUGUCCUUCUGGAAGGUUCUCCCAUCUCCACAGAGGAUCUCUAGAGCUCUGUGACCAUCGGGUUCUUGGUCCCCUAAAUAAAGUAUUUCUGUUUUUUUUAUUUGUAAUAAAUGUGCCAAAAUUUCUAAAAACCAGUUUUUGCUUUUGUUCUAAUAGUGUAUCUGUUAAAGGAAUUAAAUUCCUAUAUGUUUAUUAACCAAUUCAAAUUAAACACUCAAAUUUGAAAGAUACUUAUUUGCAUAAAAUGGACAGAGGCCAGUCUCAAAAUCAAUCAAUAGCGUUUAUUCUCGAGAGUACUGAUCAUGGUACAAUUUUACAACAGGUUAUAAACUAAAACAUGACGUCAUAGGUUUUAAACUGUCCCUCCUCCACUCCGAUACAAUGGCAGUAUAGUUCACAAGCCUUCCCACAUCGUCCACCACCUGUUAGAUCAUCUACUACCAGCCCACGGUCUCUCCUCUCCCUGUGUAGAUAAGCAUUCUAGCCAGUCUGACGAUAACUUCAUUAGUUUCUACCAAGGAACAGACAGUCUUUGUUCUAAUUCUUGAAUAUAAUUACACACAUUAUAUUCAGUAUAUUAUAAUAAGAUUCAUACAUCCAUACAGUAACAUAAUAGAAUUCUGUUUAGUCAUAGUUCUGAUUGUAAUGUAUACAUAAUUUAGUCAUUAUUGAUAAAAAUCCCUUAACAGUGUUGUGUGUAGAUUGCCGUUUUAAUUUCACUCCAUUUUAGAAUAAGGCUGUACUGUGACAGUGUGGAAUAAGGAAAGGGGUCUGAGUACUUUCCGAAUGCACUGUAUAUGGACGUUUAGUUAGGUAGAGUGACUUAUCUGUACAUACAGUAAUAUUAACAGCUUUCUACUGAUAUUACACAUGAAACACUAAACACGUUGUACAUGAACAUGGUGCCGAGAGGGAUCCUCCUCUUCUUUUUAAACUCACCAAUGAUCCUUUUAUUUUCUCCUUUUUGAGAGAAGCAGCUGGCAUGAUUGAUGACUUAACAAAUUGAUAAAGGAGUAUUCUAAACUACAUAUUUAGUGUGUAUCCCAAAAUAGCACCCUAUCCCCUAUUAAAGAGCACACCUUUUGACAGGGCCCUGGGUUUAAAUUUAUUUUUUUAAAGAAGUGCGCUUUUCUAGGGAAUCAUUUGAGACUCGGUCCUUCUCCUGGUGAGGUGUUGAGGUGUUUUUGGUGUGCCCUAAGAGGAGAGGUUUUGUUAAAAACACUUCCCUUCACAGUGUACUGCUGUUUGACCCCCAGUCUUCAGAUGAACUCUCUGCGUUGUUUAGGGAGUUCGGUCUUCAGAUGUACUCUGCGUUGUUUAGGGAGUUCGGUCUUCAGAUGAACUCUCUGCGUUGUUUAGGGAGUUCGGUCUUCAGAUGAACUCUCUGCGUUGUUUAGGGAGUUCGGUCUUCAGAUGAACUCUCUGCGUUGUUUAGGGAGUUCGGUCUUCAGAUGAACUCUCUGCGUUGUUUAGGGAGUUCGGUCUUCAGAUGAACUCUCUGCGUUGUUUAGGGAGUUCGGUCUUCAGAUGAACUCUCUGCGUUGUUUAGGGAGUUCGGUCUUCAGAUGAACACUGCGUUGUUUAGGGAGUUCGGUCUUCAGAUGAACUCUCUGCGUUGUUUAGGGAGUCCGGUCUUCAGAUGUCUGCGUUGUUUAGGGAGUUCGGUCUUCAGAUGAACUCUCUGCGUUGUUUAGGGAGUCCGGUCUUCAGAUGUCUGCGUUGUUUAGGGAGUUCGGUCUUCAGAUGAACUCUCUGCGUUGUUUAGGGAGUCCGGUCUUCAGAUGUCUGCGUUGUUUAGGGAGUUCGGUCUUCAGAUGAACUCUCUGCGUUGUUUAGGGAGUUCGGUCUUCAGAUGAACUCUCUGCGUUGUUUAGGGAGUUCGGUCUUCUGAUGAACUCUCUGCGUUGUUUAGGGAGUUCGGUCUUCUGAUGAACUCUCUGCGUUGUUUAGGGAGUUCGGUCUUCAGAUGUGAUGUCUGCGUUGUUUAGGGAGUUCGGUCUUCAGAUGUGAUGUCUGCGUUGUUUAGGGAGUUCGGUCUUCAGAUGUACUCUCUGCGUUGUUUAGGGAGUUCGGUCUUCAGAUGUCUGCGUUGUUUAGGGAGUUCGGUCUUCAGAUGUCUGCGUUGUUUAGGGAGUUCUUGCUUGUUUUAUGCUGGACACAUUCUAUGAAAACCAACAGCACAAUGCACUUGCGGUGUUUGUAUAAAACACAUUCAUUUAUUCAAAUCGACCAACUUGACUUUUUGAUUUGUAGCAAAUGGCACCCUAUUCCCUAUAUAGUGCCCUACUUUUGACCAGGGCCCAUAGGGUAGUGCACUAUUAAGGGAAUGGGGUGCACAAGUAGCCUUUUGUGACCGAUUGAAAAUGGUUGAGCCUGAUACUGAGACAUAAAUCAUUAGGCCUAAUCAAUAAUGUCAUCUAUCAGUGUAAUUUUACUACCCUGGAAAAUAACCUCUUCAGCGUACACUAGUCUACUGCACUCCCUUGCUAUUAAACACACAUGUUUUCAUCUAAAAUACAUGACUUAACCUUCAAUACCAAUGUUAAGGAGAUCAAUACAUGACUUAACCUUCAAUACCAAUGUUAAGGAGAUCAAUACAUGACUUAACCUUCAAUACCAAUGUUAAGGAGAUCAAUACAUGACUUAACCUUCAAUACCAAUGUUAAGGAGAUCUAUAAUCAAUACAUGACCUUACCUUCAAUACCAAUGUUAAGGAGAUCAAUACAUGACCUUACCUUCAAUACCAAUGUUAAGGAGAUCUAUAAUCAAUAAAUGUAUAGGUUAAGCCAGUUAAAUAAAUAAAAAAUACAUAAUCUGGUUGUCUUGACAACGGCCGCUGAUUAUUUGUGAUAUGUUGA